AUGAAUUGCAGUGCAAAACAUGAUGGACGUAUUUUAAAAGAAGGAGAAAGUUUUGAAAUAAAAGGUAAACUUUAUAAAGUGGAAGAUUGUACUCUUCAUCGAGCUUAUCAUGCAUGUGGUACCUAUCUUUUGCAAAUGGUCAGUAUCGCUUGUGAAGUUGUUCAACAACAAAAACGAAAAAAUCCAAAUUCAAUACGUUUUAGAAGAUUCUUACAACGGAAAUUGUUAACUGAAGCUUGUUGCCAAACUUUAUGUACUGUUACUGAAAUGACACGUUAUUGUCCUUAG